AUGCUGCGCGACGCCGCGCGCAACGAGCCCUACCGCGCGGCGCUGGAGCGUGCCCUGCGCCAUCGGCCCAACGCCACGGUCAUGGACAUCGGCACUGGAUCUGGCUUUCUGGCAAUGCUGGCAGCCAAAUACGGCGCCAAGAAGGUCUAUGCGAUCGAGGGCUCGUCGGAGAUUGCGCGUGUGGCCUCCAGGCUGAGUCGGGCCAAUGGCUUUGCAGGGAUUUUGGAUGUGAUCCCUAAACACUUGGAGGACAUCACUGAAGAGGAUGUGCCUUUGGGCUCUGUCGACAUCAUUGUCUCAGAGCUUUUUUCUCACUUCUUGGUGGGUGAGGUAGGAUUGCAAGUGGUCACCGAAGCCAAGCGCUUUCUGAAGCCAGGUGGCCUCAUUUUGCCAUCGCAAGCUCGGAUCAAGCUUUCCCCCUUUGCCGACCCGACACUGGGCGCUGAACUGCGCGCGCGGCACAGCUUCUGGCAGACCACCGACUUCAUGGGUUUGGACUUGUCUUCGGCCCUGCCCUUUGCUGAGGAGCAAGUGCGCAAGGAGCUCAUCCUAGAUGUAGUCCAGCCUGAGCAACUUCUGGUACCCCCAGACGAGGCACCGGAAGAGCUCCUGGAUCUCGAGGGCCCGGAGGAUCCUGCCCACUGGGAUCGCAUGUCCUUCACUUUGAAGUUUCCCUCGCGCUCGCACGACGCCCUCAUUGAUGGCCUCUGCGCCUGGUGGGAUGUCAUCUUUGCCGACGACCAAAGCGACGGGACGGCGCCUGUGCUGUGGACGGCGCCGGGAAAACCGAAUACGGUCUGGGCACAGUGCAGGUUCCUGCUGCAUAAGCCCUUGAGUGCGGCGAAGGAGGAUGAGCUGAAGGUGGUUUGUGAGCUCAAGAGUCACAAGCAGCGCGAGUCAUACUCUGUGAACAUGACGCUGAUCAACGAGACGAAGAAGCGCAGCGCGCUGGUGGGGCCGGUGGAGCUCAGUAACGUCUAUGCGCGGCACUUCGCCAAAGCGCAUCCGCUGGGAGGCUUGAGCGAAGCAGAACGCUGCGUGAAGGAGCCCUCCUCGCUGGCGGGGACUUACGUCGGGAUCUUUGCCGCCUUUGGGGAUCACCCGGAGACCAACACGGAGCCUGUGGAGCUUGAGGUCUUCGUGCCUCCCUCAGAGGAUGCCAUUGGUUGCAAGAGCUACCAGCUCCCAGCGAAUUCCAUCAGCCUGGUGCGAAGAGGAAACUGCACCUUCGUGGAGAAGGCCCGGCAUGCGCAAGACGCAGGUGCCCUGGGCGUUCUGGUCGCCUUUGACUCUGACCAGGUGAUGGAGAUGGGUGGCUCGAACCAAAGCAAGGAAGAUGAGCAGGUGAAGAUCUGGGCCGUGGCGAUCGGCGAGACACUGGGGGAGAAGUUCUACCAGCAACUGGGGUCCUCCAGUCUGGAACAGGCCAAAUUGGUGGUCUCAGUGACCUCAUAUCAUCCAUCACCCUUCAAUGUGUCGGAGCUGAUUUUGAUCCUGACCGCUACGGCACUGGUAGCAGCUGGGACCUUCUUUUCCACCGCGGACAUGCGGCAGACGAGCUUCAGCAGCGCAAUCGCCCCGCAGACCGAAGAAGUUCAAGAGCUGGACGCUUGGAUGGCAGGAGGCUUCUGUGUCAUGGGCAGUUGCGUGCUGGUCUUCCUCUUCUUCUUCAUGAAGUACGCCAUCUAUUUCAUAAUGUUUGCCUUUUGUGUGGGUGGAGCACUUUGCCUGACCCAGUUUAUCAGCAUGUGCUUGUACCACUAUGCGGUCUGGUCUCGCGAGAAGUUCGUGACCCUGCCUGGCCUUGGCCCAAUCUCGAAGGCGGAGAGCCUCGCCUUGGUGCCAUCAUCACUCUUGGCAUUGUGUUGGGUGAUUCUUCGAAACACCCACUAUGCCUGGCCCUUCCAGGACAUUAUUGGUGCAGGCUUCCUUUGCUGGAUGCAAAGAACCCUCAGGCUGCCGAACCUAAAGAUCGCCACCAUCCUUCUGGUGGCCAUGUUUUUCUUCGACAUCUACUGGGUGUUCAUCUCAGUCCACCAGUUCCACCAGAGCGUCAUGGUCUCCGUGGCCACGGGCGGUGGGACCGGCGAGGCGGUGCCCAUGCUCAUCAGGAUACCCCAGUUCGGCGAUCCUCUGGGUGGAGAUCGGAUGCUCGGGUUCGGCGACAUCGCGCUGCCAGGGCUACUGGUGUCUUACCUGAGACGUCACGAUCUGCUGAGCCAUCGACGCUUCUUCGAAGGCUACUUCGGCCCGUCCUUACUGGGAUAUUUCGUAGGCCUUUGUGCGACGAUUGUCGCUCUCACCAUCAUGAAGAUGGGUCAGCCAGCAUUGCUUUACCUGGUUCCAUGCACCUUAGGUACCACGGUGCUGCUGGCGUCCUGUCGAGGAGAACUGUCCCUUCUGUGGGAUGGCAAGGUCUCGCGGCGACCCAAUGAGGAUCCGCAUUCGAGCGAUGGAGGACCUUGA